AUGUCCGGUCGACGGCUUCUCCGCGCAUACCGCUGCGGUUGUAUCUGUCCCCUGCGCAGGUGCAAUGUUCACUACUGCGUAGAUUCACAGCCGCCCGAACGUACAGUGUAUUAUGUGGGUGCCGCGCCCCAACUAGUGCACGAUACAAAUGCCGGCACAUUAUCUUAUUCUGCGCGUCUGCUGCUGGCAACGAAGAGCGUGAGGUUUCCGAAGGCGGGCGCAGCGCGAGAGAAAUUUUCUUCAAUACAUUAUGUCACUCACGCGUCCACGCAGAAGACACUUACAAUGCAGUUGCUAGUUAUCGACAAGCUGCAAUCGGUGCAGAACGUUUUCGUUGCCGGUGCACGCACAGGCAAGCUCAUUUUGCAGUGUGCACAUACCCUCCCGAAAAACGCGUCUGGAAGGCCGGUGCGGCGUGAGCUGGCCAUGCGCGCCCUACUGCGAAAAAGAUUACCGGGCGCCCUGUCCCGAGUUGUCGACUGCCGCUAUUCAGGGUUCACCCGCCUUCGGCACCGACGCCGCGUGUACGCUUACUGCUAUGAAUUCGCGCUUUCGUCUUCGCGUCUUGCUGGUAUGGCUCAGCUGUGCAGCUUUUGCCUGUGUUUCCCCACCGGCCGGUACACGGUUGGUGUGCUGUGGCAGCCCGGAAGACGCUUCCGGAAACAGGGCUUUACAUGCACAGCCUGCUGCUAUUACUACUACGGCUACAGCUACGAGUACUCUCACAGCUACUGCUACUACUGUUGCACGUACACCUACCGCGGAAAAUGCAACGGAAGAUAUAACACUGCAGUCUACUACGACGACCACAUCGUACUCACUGUUCUGUCGCAGGCGCGGAACUUGCAACGUUGCGCUCAGGAGCUGGAGUCAGCUGCUCUAGAGACACGCUCCUAUUUGAACGCUGAAGCUGAAGACUGUGGCUGCCGCCGAGUGUACACCGUGCGGGCGCGGAAGCACGGGCACCCGAGAGAACAUAAUCGGGCACAUUAA